CCCUGUGUCCAUGUAUUUGACCCUCCCCUUUACAUCUCUCUCUCUCUCUCUCUCUCUCUCUCUCCACAUCCUCAUUCUCCCCUCCUAGACCCCAUUUUCCUCCACUCCAAGUUUAAUUGUGCACCUCCCCUCUCACCUUUCUUUCCACCCAUAUCUCCUCCGCCUCUCGCCACCACAAACCACCACCACCAUCUCUCCUCCUCCCCAUGGAGAAGGAGACUCAUGACUUCAUGAACGUCGACUCCUUCUCCCAACUCCCUUUCAUCCGCCCCACCCCCCUCAAAGAACCCAAAUCCACUAGCAUUCGCCUCUUCGGCAUCGAAUUCGGCAACGACUCCGACUCCACCACCACCGUCUCUGCCGAAGCAAACGAUGACAGCAACAACAGCAACAGCAACAACGGAGGAGGAGGAGGAGAGAGCGGCGACGGAAGCCGGAGGUUCGAGUGCCACUACUGCUGCCGAAACUUCCCCACUUCCCAAGCCCUAGGGGGCCACCAGAACGCCCACAAGAGAGAGCGCCAGCACGCCAAGCGGGCCCACCUCCACUCCACCAUCGGCAGCCGAUUCCCCGACCCACACAUGUACUACCGCCUUGCCGGCGGCUCCGCCGUAGCGCCGCCGCCUCCGCCGAUGAGUUAUCACUCGUGGGGUCCUAGUAUUGCUGCCGCUAGCGCUAGCCCUAGGUUUUAUGGGACUUACUCUUCCAAUCAUCAUGCACCCAUAAAUGGGAGCCCUACGGGGUUUUGGCGAAUCCCAGCCGUUCAAAGCUCGGCUGCCUUUAGUCGUGAUCAUGAUCCGUUGCCGUUGGUUCGUAACGGUGAGUGGUUGAAGAAAUCGACGGUGAUCAGCGGGUCUGGUACUCAGAAGUCGAGCGUACAGGAUCAUGUGAGUUUGGAUCUUCAUUUGUAGUAUAUAAUGUAGUAAUUUUUUCGGAUCAGGAUAUAUGUAUUAUAUGGUAAUAAUUAAGAGGUAAAAAUUUAUAUUCU